ACGGCAUUGUCUAAUGCCUAGUGCGUUAUCCUCGGUGCCAGGUUCAAUGGCAUCACCUCAUGAUAAAAAGUUAAACAGAAGAUCGAUCGAAAACGGUUCUGGUCUCUGGACUGCCGUAUUCGACUACGAAGCAAAACGCGAAGAUGAGCUGACACUCCGAAGAGGAAUCACGGUUGAGGUGUUGUCAACCGACAAACACAUUUCAGGAGAUGAGGGAUGGUGGACUGGCAGGGUUGACAACCAUGUCGGAAUAUUUCCGAGUAAUUUUGUCACCAACAAUUAUCGUAUUGAACACACUAUCCCACCCGAUAUUACGAUCGAUUUCAAUGAACUACAAUUGGAGGAAGUUAUUGGAGUUGGGGGGUUUGGAAAAGUUUACAGGGGUGUCUGGAAAGGUGAGACUGUGGCAGUAAAAGCAGCACGUCAAGAUCCAGAUGAACCUAUAAGUGCAACAGUUGAAAGUGUCCGUCAGGAAGCUACUGUGUUUUGGUUUCUGGAUCAUGCCAACAUAGCAGCUCUAAAAGGAGUAUGUCUGAAAGAACCAAAUUUGUGUUUAGUAAUGGAAUUUGCAGAGGGAGGAUCACUCAACAGGGUGCUGAAUGGACGAAGGAUACCUCCUGAUAUUCUUGUUGAUUGGGCUGUACAAAUAGCAAAAGGGAUGCAUUAUCUUCAUGAAGAAUCUCCCAUUCCUUUAAUACAUCGUGACCUCAAAUCUAGCAAUAUACUCUUAAAAGAAAAGAUUCUAAGUGAUUCCUUGGAGAAGAAAACUUUAAAGAUUACAGAUUUUGGAUUAGCAAGAGAAGUGUCGAGAACCACAAGGAUGUCUGCUGCUGGGACCUAUGCUUGGAUGGCUCCUGAAGUGAUCAAAACCUCCACAUUCUCCAAGAGUAGUGAUGUCUGGAGCUAUGGUGUGGUCCUAUGGGAGUUGCUGACAGGCGAGACGCCGUACAAGGGCAUUGAUGCCCUGGGGGUGGCCUAUGGUGUGGCGGUGAAUAAACUCACCCUCCCCAUCCCCAGUACUUGUCCAGGUCUCUUUGCCAAACUUAUGUCAGACUGCUGGCACCAAGAGCCUCACCAGCGACCAACAUUUUCGGAGAUUUUACACCGACUCAGUGAGAUUGCCUCCUCCCCUUUCAUGACAACCCCUCAGGAAUCCUUUCAUACUAUGCAAGAAGACUGGCGCUUAGAAAUAGAAGAAAUGUUCAAUGAAUUAAGACUCAAAGAAAAGGAGCUCCGAUGCAGGGAGGAGGAGCUGACAAAAGCAGCAUUACAGCAGAAGAAAAUUGAAGAACUCCUUCAUAAGCGAGAACAGGAAUUAAAAGAGAGGGAGAUUGAGCUGGUGGAGCGUGAACUCAAUAUCAUGAUCUUACAGCAGAUUAUGGGUAACCCAAAACCACGGACACGAAAGGGAAAGUUUAAAAAGAGCCGUCUAAAACUUCUCAAAUAUGGGGGCAGCUCCAUCAGUGAACCCUCAGACUUUCGACACAAUAUCACCGUUCAGCAUGAAUCGCCAUAUCACCACGGCCAUCCAGCUAGUCCAGACAGCCCACCCCACUCACCAACGUCAUUUCAUCCUCCCCGGCUACGGGCCAUAGCUUAUCCAGCGGAUGGGAUCAAAGGCCAAACCUGGGGACCAAGUACUGCCAAAAAGGAUCGCCAUCCUAGGUCAUCCGUUAUUUUUGGUGAUGGACGGUGGUCUAAAAGUGCUCCAAACCUAGAACGAUCUCUCAAACAUAUAGGUGGACAUUCCAAUAUAGGGGCACUUCAAGAACUUUAUGGUGAUGAGAAUGACUUGCCGGUGGAGCUUUUUGAGGAGAUGCGAGGGAGAAACAUUCCGUACGAGUCUGGAGAUUCAGGGAAAAGUUCUUCACUACCAGACAAAAAAAAGACAGAAAGUAAGACUGAGUCUGUGUUGCUCAAUAUGGCAGCCAUGUUGGUUGCCGUGGCAGCAGGGUUUGACAUCAGGUCUACACCUCCUGCCCCGCAGAACUCACGGGAGGACAAUCGUGUUGUGCGCAGAAAACGAGACUCCCACAUAGGGAAUCGCCGUGAUGCCUAUAUGGCAGCUGUGCGGGAUUCCUUCAUUGAACCGGAUGAAUUCUCAGUUUAUCGUUUUACCUCAACCUCUGGCUACCCACACAAUACAUAUCAUGGCUACAACGUGAGGCAUCGCCCAAGCAUUAACAUGGAUGUGCCUAUAAGGUUUACAGAACAGAAUGAACAAAAUUCUACCACUACAUCGACACACACCACAAGCACUAUUACAUCACACUCCACACCUAAACGACAGUCCUUGUACAGUGACAGUGAUACCAGCACUGUCAUUUCUCCAUCUCCAUAUCCCGAACAUCGGGGACAUGGUAUGCUCCAGAGACAAACCUCUGAGGGAAGUAAUUACGACACACCGAGAACAUCCAAAAAUUCCCAUAGACAUUCUGUGACAUUCGAAGAUGAUUUCAAACCGGAUUACAUCCGAGACAGUAAAAACAACACAAGUAGACACUCUCCUAAUUCCUCAGGUACAGGCUUCGGCCCACCCAUUCCACCUCCUGACUUUGAGUCACGGGGCACGCCAAGCAGAUCCUCUUUGCAUCGCAGUGACUACAGUUCUAGACAGCAGGAGUCCGAUGCUCCACCGCCGAUUCCCCCACGCCGUCGCAUAAACACAAAUGGAGAUGUCUCUGUGCCAGAGAGGCCCUCAACGCUGGACGUUGGGCCUCGACAUAGACCGACUCUUGUGCGAAUACCACCGCUUCAGCAGAACAACAAAAAGGUUGCCGGCAGUGAGGCCUCACCCGUGCAGGUUGACAAAAAUGAAGCGAUGUACAGGCAGCAAGAUGGAAACUCUGACACAACCCCUUACUACUCAACUCGUUCGAGUUUGUCUCCUGGUCACACCCCACCGCACAUCUCUCACCAGACCACACUCCUCGACAUUGACAUGGAUGGACAGAGUCAGGAUAUAACAGCUCCACUUAUACAACCAGAAUCACAAUUCCGCUAUUCGGACUUUGAAAAGCAUGAUGUACUCUACUGA